AUGCUGCCAACACCGUCCACAUCCCACGUCUGUUUUGAUCGCGUGUACGAACCAGCCGAAGACUCAUAUCUGUUACUCGAUACGCUCUCUUCUGCGUCGGAAACCGCAUACCUGAAAGAACGAUUCGGCGAUGCUUCAACAACCCCACCGUUGGUGCUUGAAGUGGGCGUAGGAUCAGGCGUCGUGUUAGCCUUCGUCGCUGCGAAUGCACGCACCAUAUUCAGUCGCCACGAUGUGCUGACACUCGGGGUUGAUAUAAACAGCUUCGCCUGCAAAGCUGCUUCUCAAACAGUCCGCGAUGCCAUCACAGAGCGGGAGAAUGGACGCUCGGUCUUCAUCGAUGUCGUGAACGGCGACUUAGCAAGUGCUAUCCGACCGCACUCUGUCGAUGUCUUCAUAUUCAAUCCACCAUAUGUCCCAGCUGAGUUGCCCGAUCUGACGAGCCACGACAAGUACAACACUGUGCCGGAAGGAAAGACAGCGACGUCAUUCGAACAGGACUCGUAUCUUCUAGAGUUGUCGUACGCCGGAGGCGAGGAUGGCAUGGUGGUAACCGAUAGAAUGUUGGAGCAGCUGCCGGAACUAUUGAGCUCAGAUCGAGGUGUCGCAUAUGUGCUGUUGUGCGCGCAGAACAAGCCGGAAGCUGUCAAACAGCGGAUAAGAGAUUGGGGUCCGGGCUGGAUGGCGGAGACGGUAGGAUCCAGCGGAAAGAAGGCGGGUUGGGAAAAGUUGGUGAUCGUAAGAAUUUGGCGAGACACAGACUGA